UUUCUCUUUCCAACAGCGAGACACUUCGACACUUGUGUACAUACGGUACAUACGCAUGCAUACGCAUACAUACCGUGGCAAGUGGCAUGUGCGUGCAACUGGCAUCUAUUGCCACUCAUCCAGUAUCACAUCUUUUGGCCAAUCUCUGCCGGUGUCCGCUGUCGAUCAACUUUUCCAAAAAUGGACAAAAAACCCACCGCAGGUGAACCAAUUCCAAUAUCUACACAAAAGUCUCUAACGUCUUCGCACGAUCCUGGGUGGAAUGAUCCGCCGAAAUGGGCCUAUUCCCAGUCCCCGACUACGUCUUCCAGUCCGACGAAGAGAAUUCUGAAUAAAAGAGUAGCCUUCCCACUGGGUUCCACUCCCCCGACGUCCAGUUUUGACUCUAAUCAGCCACUGAAUCCCCCACCGGCAAACCUUCCUCCGCCUCCUUUGACUGGGAGAAGAUUGAGCGCAGGACCUCCUCCGACGACUGUGGCAUUUUUUACUGGAAUCGACAAAGAGCAAGCCCUGACCGAGUCACUGGACAACUUUGAGAAGGUGAUAAAUGAGAAUGAGGAACUUAAAGGCGAAGGAGAUGAAAUUAGGCGGAGAUUGAACAUCAUGAAAACCGCCUGGGUAGAAGAUAAACUCGGCGAAAGUAUUCGGCAUAGUAUUCUCGAACUAUCCAAUGCAUUGAGAAAAAAAGACGUCGACAAUGCGGACAAAAUUCACGUGUCUUUGAUGAUGGAUCACACAGCGUUGUGCAGUUCGUGGAUUCCCGGUAUCAGACACAUGAUAUUAGCCGAGCGGGAAAAACACCUUAAACGCAAACCAUCGGCGGACGAAAAUUCGAGCCCCCUACUUUUCCCCUGUGAAAUCGCUCCUGACACCCAGCCGGCGCAAUGAACAUUUUAACCAAAUAGGACGUUGAAAACCGCAUAUGUAUACAUCUGAUGACGCAUAUUAUCGUUAUUUUAGGAUGAAUUUAUCACUGUCAAAGUAUUUAUUACCGACGGCAAGAUCAUUUUGCAUAUUCCUCAAACUAGUUACAAGAUGUAUUAAACGCGCAUGGCGCACCAAGACUGUGAUUUGGUAGAAUGCGAGGUGAUUAUUGUUUGAAUAUCAGUAAAUAUACAGUACCACAAAUUGAA